CAGGUGCGUCAAAGAUGAACUGGAUUGUAGCUGCGGUUGCUAUGUGUGUCUUUGUGCCCAGCGCCCACUGUCAGUCCAGUCCACUCGCCUGGUGUUAUCAUGAGCCAAACUGCAAUGACACGACUUGGCCAACCAUUGCUGCUGCACAUUGCAAUGGCAGCCGGCAGUCGCCAAUUAACAUUGUCUCAGCAUCUGCCCAAAUUGACUCCAAUCUGACUGCAUUCACCUUUCAUAACUACAGCAGCAAAUCCACCAUGACAACGAUCAAAAACACUGGCAACACAGUCAAAGUCUACCUCGGAUACGGUGUGAGGAUUUCAGGAGGAGGUCUGUCCGAGGACUAUGAAAGCCUGCAGUUCCACUUGCACUGGGGUAAUGGCACCUCUGUCCCCGGCUCCGAGCACACCGUGGAUGGCAAGCGCUAUCCCAUGGAGUUACACAUUGUAAGCAGCAAGGCAUCCUAUAAUCGGAACACAACUCAGGCUCUUGAAGACUCUACAGGAUUUGCUGCUCUCGGUUUCUUGAUUGAGGAAAUGUCGGGUAAUGCAACUGGCCAACCUGCAAGCUGGCAAACCUUGAGCUCCUACCUGACAAACAUCUCAAACAGCGGCAAAAAUGUUACAGUGGCACCUGGAAUUUCACUGGAUGAUCUCCUGACCGGGGUGGAUCGCACCAAGUAUUACCGCUACCUUGGCUCCUUGACCACCCCCCGUUGCAACGAGGCUGUGGUUUGGACUGUGUUUAAGGACACAAUAAAAGUCAGCAAAGACGUGAUUGACCUCUUCGGCAAAACGGUACGCCUCUCAAACAGCACAUCACCUUUUAUGCUCAAUGUCUACAGAGACAUCCAGUCAGUGCAACGUGUCACAACACAGGCUGCCAGCUCGACCUCCAAAGCCCGCUACUCUCUGGCUCUGGUGGCUCUGAGCCUGGUUCUUGGGAGGAGUUAGGGCCAUGCAAGCUGGUGGUGUCUCAGCAACUUAUAGUGUU